ACAAUGAAUCUGGAGAAUCUGACUUCCCAGAGCUUUCUUUCAGCAACCCACAGCAACACCAGCAGUCUCUUCCUGGGGCUCCAGCUGGUUCAGUUCUUCAAGCCGCUCAUCAUCCCUUGCUACUCCCUCGUGGUUUUCGUGGGCAUCAUUGGGAAUUAUCUCCUCAUCUACGUUAUUUGCAAGACCAAAAAGAUGCACAAUGUCACCAACUUCCUGGUAGGCAACCUUGCCUUUUCGGACAUGCUCAUGUGUGCCACCUGCGUCCCCCUGACCUUGGCGUAUGCCUUUGAGCCCCGAGGCUGGGUCUACGGGCACUUCAUGUGCUACUUUGUGUUCCUGAUGCAGCCAGUCACGGUGUUUGUGUCUGUCUUCACCCUGACUGUCAUUGCUGUGGACAGAUACUACACUAUGGUGUAUCCCCUCCGCAGGAGGCUCACCAUACGGAUCUGCACCUAUAUCCUGGCUGGCAUUUGGCUGCUGAGCUGUGUGCUGGCUGCCCCAGCCCUGCUGCGCACAUACUAUGCCGAGUUCCCAGAGCUGGACUUCUCCAUCUGCGAAGAAUUUUGGUUUGACAGGAAGAGAGAUCGCUUAGCUUAUGCCUACAACACCCUCAUUUUCACCUACGUCCUGCCCUUGGCAGUCAUCUCUGUCUCCUACCUGAGAAUAUCCGUCAAGCUGAAAAACAGAGUUGUCCCUGGCAACGUCACCCAGAACCAAGCGGAGUGCGACCGAGCCCGGAGGAGGAAGACCUUUCGCCUGCUGGUCCUGGUGGUGGUUGCUUUCGGGGUUUGCUGGCUGCCUUUGCACAUCUUUAAUGUGAUCAAGGACAUUGAUAUCAAGCUGAUAGACAAGCAGUAUUUCAAUCUCAUCCAGCUGCUUUGCCACUGGUUUGCUAUGAUGUCUGCCUGCACAAAUGCAUUCCUUUAUGCCUGGCUGCAUGACAGCUUCAGGGGGGAGCUGAAGAAAAUGUUCGCCUGGCCGAGGAAAAAAAUAGGACCGGCCACCAAUUGCAUCGUGGCUAGCGUGGUGCUGUAA